AUGAAAAAACAAUUACUUGAAAAUGUCGAACUACGUUUUGCUCUUGUUGAUUCAGAUCAACAAUUAGAAAAAUUAGUAAACCUUUUUUUAACACCUGUUCUUUUAAAACUACAAAGUCCUCAUGAAGUUGUUAGAACAAAAGUUAUGAGUGUUCUUGGUCAUAUAAAUAAACGCAUCAAAUCAAAAUCAAACAUUAAACUUCCUUUAAAUACUUUGAUAAAUAUUGUUUGUACCGAAAAUGUAACAAAUUCAAAUUUCGUUAAAAAUUUUGCCAUAAUGUAUUUAGAAAUGGCAUAUGAAAGAAUUACUGAAGAGGUUUUAACAAAAUAUAAGCCAAAGGGAGCAGAAUCUCCAUCAUCUUUAGAUCCUUAUAAUUUCCAAUCAAAUUCUGACGAUGCUAAAUUUCUCUUAGACUCAUUUCUUAAUGUAUUGCUGUAUCAUCCAGAAUUACAAGCAAGGCAAAAAUCAUUGUUUCAACAAUCUCAAGAACAGAAUUCUGGACAACAAGAAGGAUCUCAGGACUCUUCUCAGCAAGCGGUGCAAAUACCAUCCGGUCUUAGUCCGGCUUCUGUGAAAUUUGUCACUAAUGAUUCAAAAGCACAAUGGGCAUUGAAAAUUGCAGAUUUAAAACUUAUAAAAAUAGGGAUUCUUCAAUUUGUGAAUUCUUAUGUGGUUUGGCCAGACUCUUUGCCGAAUGAUAUCCAUUUUUUAAGAUUUUUGGUCUUAUUGGUAGCAAGUUGUGAUUCUUCACAUGAAGUUGUUAGUGGUGGUGAAGAUGGCAGCAACUUGGGAAAGUCAACAAAUACAGAUCUUAUUCGUCAACCUGCUUCAGCAACUCUUAAAUAUAAAAUAAUGAACCAUUUAUGUAAAUCUAGCUUGGCAACAAAUACAUUUCCUGCUAUGUUACAAGUUUCAUUUGAUUGUCUUUAUGGUCCUACUACAAACUCAAAAUUACAGAAUCAAGGGAUGUAUUUUGUUCAGUGGGUUGCAAGAAUGGCUGAUGCUUCGAAAUUAAGACCAAUUGCGCUUGUGCUUUUAUCUGGUUUAUUAAAAUUUAUUAAGGAAUUAGAUGAUAAAGAAACAUUAAGAGGGUUUGCCUAUGUGGCUGUUAGUUUGCUAGCAAAAAGAGUUCCUGAACUUUUCCGUAAAGAUUUAUCAAUCCUCCAAUCAUUUUUUGCUGCAUUAUCAACUGAAAGCAAAAAUGUCAAAAUUUCUGUUCAAGAAGCUUUGUCUAAUAUGGUAGAGGCAUUUAAAGACGUAGAAACUUGGGCAGAUACUGAUUCUAUUAAAAUGAUCGAAAAGAUUUUAGAAGAAAAUGUUGAAAAGCCUGAACAUCAAGCUAGAUACUGUGCAAUUAAAUAUUCUAUAAACCUUUUUCCAUUUGAUCAUAUUUUAUCAAGAUAUUUAUGUUUACUUGCAUCUUCAGAUGAAAAGUUGGAGGUUAAAGAAAUGGCAUCAAAUGGAUUAUCAUUCCCUGAUCCAAGGUCACCUAAACUUUAUCCAAACGAGCCUGAAAAAGAAAUAAAAAUUCCUUCAUUUAACGAUUUGGUUAAUUUGAUUUAUUCAAAAUCUAAGCAAAGAUCCAUUAAUUUAAUUGAAGUUUUACAAACGACUAGAUCAUUUGGAAAAAAAUAUAUUUUAGGUUAUCGUACCGAUGUCUACAUGAAUAUCUUAAAAUUUUUGCGAAAUUUGAUAAUAGCUAGUGCUGACCCAACUUCAAUAAUUGAUGAAUUAUCAUUUGAACUUGGUGGUGGUGAAACCACAUUAAUCAAUCCAAACACUAGAAAUUUAGUAAAGGAAUGGAUAUAUCAUCAAUGGAUCAAAGAUCAGAAAUCAUCAGAAAAUAUGGACAUUGAUAAUUCACAAGCGUCUGGUAGUUUAAAUAUUUAUUUGGAAUUAGUUGAAAAAGGAUUGGAUAAUGAGGGUAUUAUAGACUCAUUGUUACAGUCUACUGCUGCAUCAUGCCUUUUGGAGCUUAUUUCACUUGGUCCAUCAUCAUUAUCUAGUUCAUAUACAUUCAUGAGUGUGAUUAAACUUGAAGUGCGUAAUGCAAUGGCUCAUGUUUUGGGUAUUGUUAGUACUAGUGAACUUGAACAAUAUCCUGAAAGAUGUCAAGCCAUUGGUGAAUUAAUUAAAGAAUUUUUAAAUACUGCAAAAGAUCAGUCGCGACAAAUAUCUAGUGAAUAUCAUCAUGGGUGUAUUAUUGCUUUAGGAUAUAUUAUUGGGCGAUUAUCUUAUCGUUAUCAAUCAAAUUUGAGUUCAAUUGUUCCACUAACUUUAAUAUUAGAAUGUUUAGAUUUUAUUUAUCAAGAUCUUGAUUCAUCCAAGCAGUUGUGGUUAGUUGGUGCAUCGUUAGCAUUAGGCGAGGCCUGUAGAUAUUUUCAUUCGACAUCUUUUGACAACAACUCCAUCAUAGAUAAAGGUAAAAGUAAGCUCGAAGAAGGUCCUGAGCGGAUUUUUGAAAAGAUUAUUGAUAAAUUGAUCAAACUUGUUAAAAAUACUAAAGAUGUAAAGUUUCAAGAAACAGCCAUUAUGGCUCUUGGAUAUAUUGUUUUUGGAAAUAAAAUUUAUACAGAAAAAGUGUUAUCACUUUAUUAUGAUUUAGCCUAUUCACUAAAUAAACAAGUUGAAGUUCAUUUUACAAUUGGUGAAUCUAUUACUUGUAUUGCAGCGGGUUGGGAAAGUAUUGCGAUGAAAAAACAUUUGGAUAUUGCUGACGUCUUGACACCAAAAAUUGUCAUUGAGCCUGAUGUCAUGCAAAAUAUAUUAAAUAAAUUAUUCAAUGAACUGCUACCUACCGGGAAAGCCUCUGUUAAGAAAGCUAUAUUUGCAUCGAAAGGUAUUGGACUUGUAUAUGAAUUAGGCGAUAAAAAAGUGAAAGAGCAGCUUGUGGAUUCACUUGUUGGAAUGUUUGGUGGCAAAAGACCUAAGGAAACAAUUGAAAAUGACACACAAUUGUUUGAUGCAAAUAUUCUCGGUCAAACACCUGACGGAUCAACAAUCACGACAUAUCAAUCAAUUCUUUCCUUAGCAUCUGAUAUGAACCAACCGGAACUAGUUUACAAAUUUAUGCAAUUGGCUAGUCAUAAUGCCAUGUGGCAAUCACGUAAAGGAGCAGCAUUUGGAUUCUCGAAUAUUAUUUCACAGGCUGAGAAAGAACUGGAACCAUACUUAAAAGAUUUAGUCCCAAAACUUUACAGAUACCAAUAUGAUCCAAAUCCUAGAGUCAAUGAAACUAUGACAAGUAUUUGGAAAGUUUUGGUUAAGGAUCCAAAAAAAGCUACAGACGAUUACUUUGAUAUAAUUAUUAAAGAUUUGUUGAAGGGCCUUGGUGAUAGAUUAUGGAGAACAAGAGAAUCUAGCGCCAAUGCUUUAACGGAUCUAUUGCAAGGUCGUCAAAUUCAACAAAUUGAACCAUAUUUAAAAGAUUUAUGGACUAUGUGUUUUAGAGCUUUAGAUGACAUCAAGGAAAGUGUAAGGAUAGCAGCAUUUAAAGCAUGUCGUUCUUUAACCAAGGUUACAGUAAAGUAUUGUGAUCCAGACAAUGUAUCAACUGCCGAAGGACAAAAAAUAAUGGAUAUCAUCAUGCCAUUCCUAUUGACAAAAGGAUUGGUGUCUGAUGCUGAAGAUGUUAGAACGUUUUCAUUAAAGACAAUAUUAAAAAUUUGUAAAACUGCAAAAACUUUAUUAAAAUCCCAUAUAACUGAAAUAGUUGAAAAUUUAUUAGAAGGAUUAUCUAGUAUGGAGCCUCAAAUUAUGAGUAUGUGGUUGUCAAUUUUUCAUAUUGAAAAAUAUGAUGUUUCACAAGAACAGCUUGAAAAUAAGAGAUUAUCUGCUACUAAGGUAUCUCCAAUGAUGGAGGGGAUUGAAUCAUGUAUAGAUUAUAUAGAUGAAAAGGUUUUAGAGACGUUAAUUCCCAAAUUAUUACAAUUGAUUAGAAAAGGCGUUGGAUUACCAACUAAGGCUGGUUGUUCAAAAUUUGUAGUUUCAAUGUGUCUAAAACAAGCACAAAUUCUCAGACAACAUGCAGACGCCAUUAUGAGAGCGUUAAGCGGCGCAAUCUUAGAUCCAUCGUCUACAGUCAGAAAAUCUUAUGCUGUGGCAGUUGGUUAUUUAGCACAUUUAACUACUGAUAAUACUUUGAUCAAAUAUAUUGAACACGUCAAAAAAUUUUAUAUUGAAAACAGUGAGGAUUCAAAUAGAUCCAUUACGGCUAUUUCAAUACUUGAAAUGUCAAGACAUGCUUCAGAUGAAUUAAAAAGAAUUUAUGUCGAAGUCUUACCUUUAACAUAUUAUGGUAUGCAUGAUUCUGAUAAUAAUAUUAAGAAAAUUUGGGUUGACAUAUGGGAAGAAAAUACAGCAGGUUCUACUGGUGCAGUUAAAUUAUAUUUAAAAGAAAUCAUUGAACUCCUAACAGUAUUACUGGAAUCACCAUCAUGGUCAACUAAAAGACAAGCUGCAUUAACUAUUGCUGAUGUAGCCAAAACCAUAGAACAAAGUUUGUUGAUAUAUAUGGAUAAAGUACUUCCAUUAUUAAUAACUGGAUUAUCGGGUAGAACUUGGGUAGGCAAAGAAGCAUUAGUUGAAGCAUUAACUACAGCUUCCGUUUCGUGUAAAGAAUAUUUUAAAAAUAAUGAAAAUCUUCCCAAGUUAAAUGAAAUUGCUAAAAACAAUAAGGAGUAUAAAAGACAUUGUAUUUCAUUAUUAGGGAAAUUUUCCUCUUGUUUUACUGAUACAAUUGAUUUAUAUCCCGAAGUUAAAGAUUUUUUGAUUGAGUUGAUGACUGGUGAAUUAGAUCCAGAUGAAAUGGAUGUGGAUGAUACAAAAGAAAAACCAUUAUUUUUUUUGAUAAAAGCAAAUUCUGCUCUAUGUAUUGGUAUGGCCUGGUCUAGCAAAAGAGAUAUCCAAGUAAAAUAUUCAAAAGAAUUAGGCACAUCAUUAGGAAACUCGUUAUUAUCAGGAAAAAACGUAUGGAACGUAAGACUUAACUUAUUAGAGUCGCUUGAAAAAUAUAUUGAUAGGCUGGAUAUUAAAUCAAUGGUAAUUGAUGAAAACGAUAAGAUUGAAAAAAUAUUGGACGAAGAGACUUUAAUUAGCAUUUUUAAAGGUUUGAAGGACAGUUUAUCAGACCUUAAAUAUGUUGCAAUACGUACAAAAAGUCUAGAGGUUUUGAAAAAAAUAUUAGAAAGAAUUAAGGAUCCUCAACCAAGUAUUUCAGAAUUAGCUAAAGAUUUAAAGAAAAUUAUUUAA